UUGAAAUACAGGAAGUGGGGAUUUUGCCUUGAGAUGAUGGCUAUGGAGCCCUUCUACCGUCUAGAACUAGCAGUUUUACUUCUUAUAUAUUAUAGUUUGGUUUCUGUAGUAAUAGCGGAACCGGUGGACGAGAAAGUGAUCAGUAAUCAGACACGAAAUGAAGAAAUAAGCUUAUUGUUUAAACAGUACGUGAUACGGCAUAACAAAACAUAUUUAAAUGAUCCCAACGAAUAUUACAAGCGACAAGAGAUAUUCAAGCAAAGUUUGGCAAGGCAAUUUAAACUGAACCAAAGGGGAAAAGAGCUUAAUGGAAGUGCAGUGUAUGGAGUCAAUAAGUUUUCWGAUUGGACACUUCAGGAAUUUAAAGAGUUUUUAAGAAUGGGCUACAGAAAGCCAUCACAAAUUAUUGCAAUGAAUACAAACAGUGAAUGUCUGGCAGAAGCACCCAAUCUGCAACUUCCUCCACACUGGGACUGGAAAAUAUCAGGAAAAGUAACUGCAGUGAAAAAUCAGGGAAAGUGUGGAAGUUGUUGGGCCUUUACUGCAGUAGAAAACAUAGAAUCUCAGUGGGCAAUAAAACAUGGUACCUUGAAGGAACUUAGUGUGCAGGAGUUGAUUUCUUGUGGUGCUGGUAGCGGGUGUAGUGGUGGAAAUACAUGCAAUGCAUUGAAGUGGUUAAAAGAUCAUGACUAUACAGUUGCACCUGAAUCAGAAUUUCCCUAUCAAGACAAGGAGACCACAUGCAUCGAUAAAGCAAAGCAUAGCAAAGAAGGAGUGCGCAUCUCCGAGUAUUGCUGUUACGAAACUGCUAAUGAAACAAAUUUUAUGCAGCCCAUAGUAGCAUUUAUCGGUCCCAUGGCUGUUAAUGUGGAUGCAACACUCUGGCAUGACUAUUUGGGUGGAAUCAUUCAAUAUCACUGUACAGAUACAGACAUCAACCAUGCUGUACAGAUCACUGGAUACGAUGAAACAGGUGAAGUUCCAUAUUGGAUUGUCAGGAACUCUUGGGGAGCUGAUUUUGGAGACAAAGGUUAUCUGUAUAUCAAAAUUGGUAAAAACCUUUGUGGUCUCGCAGGCGAUCCUUCAUACGUUACAGUGCCAUGAAAAAUGCUGCUCUGAGUGCAUUUCGUCGAUCUCUAAGAUGGAUAAGAUUGGUCGUCGGGAAGUGGGAGAGGGAGAAGGAAAAAAUUUGUAUCUAGCACUUACACGGCCGAAACCGGCCUAGACUGCGAGUCGUCCCAUAUUCCCCUCCAGACUCAGUUAAGACGAGUUUUUUUAGGGUUCUUGUGGACGCGCGGAUAUUGGAGCCGAGUAGGCGUGCUGCUUCAAACUUACCCCCGCGCUUCCAAAACAACCCAACCGGCUCUACUGAAUUAGGAGGGAAAAGAGGCACUGUUAAUAAUUUAAAAAAU